AUGGAUCCCGCCACGCUCUGUAAAGCAUUCUUCGCAGUCGGCACCGCCGUCGACCUAGGGGGUAUCCUCCUUCCCAGCUUCAGGGAAAACAUAAUGAACUACGGUUCUCGGGGCUCCAAAGAUUCAAGCUGUAAGCCGUCGGAUCUCAAGGAGCCCCCAAACACAAACCAAAGCACCCUCACAAAAACCAUAGAAAAACUAGCAUUAUACCAAGUCCCUCACCCCUGGUUCACGCACUAUUACCUAGUCUCUGUAGCAUCAUCCGCCUUUUGGGGAUAUCAGAUCUUUACGGGUGGGGCUAUUGUGAAGGCUCUAGCGGCGAGAGCGGGGGGGAGGAGUGGUAUGACUGCCAAUCAGGUGGUUUUGGCUUGGGCUUCGAUGGGCGCGCAGGGAGGGAGGAGGCUGUAUGAGAGUGUGACCUUGACGAAGGCGAGCAAGACUGUAUUAUCCGACCCAAGGCCCAUUACAAGUCUCCUGGAAUUCUCAAAACCAUCUCUAAAAACUGCCAUCGGCGUCCCCCUCUUCAUUUCCGCCUCAGCUCUCCAAAACGACUGCCACAAACACCUUGCCAGCCUCAAGAAGUACAGUCUUCCCCAACGUGGUCCAUUCAAACAGAUAGUAUGCCCUCACUACAUGGCAGAAUGUUUGAUCUAUGUUUCGCUGGCAAUCAUAUCCGCUCCUCCAGGACAAGCUCUGAACAAGACUGUUCUUGCGGGACUGGGGUUUGUGGUUACGAAUCUAGGAGUUACAGCGGAUUCGACGAAGAAGUGGUAUGGGGAGAAAUUUGGGGCGGAGAAUGUGGAGGGUCGUUGCAGGAUGAUACCAUACUUGUAUUGA